CAGCCGCAGGCCGAGGCGGGAGGGAACCCAGCCGGGAGCCGCAGCCCCGCUGGCUGCGGCGGGCAGGGCGGGCAGCCGCGGGGGCCUGGGCGAGCCCAUCGCGCCGUGCGCGGAGGGAGGGAGCGAGUGAGGGAGGACGGACCGAGCGACCGGCGGGGGAGCCGCCGCCGCCGCCGCCGCCAGCCGGGUGUGCGGCGACCUGAUCCCUGUCCAACAUGGUCGCCGCUCAUACCUCCCAUUCCUCAUCCUCCGGCGAGUGGAUCGCUUGCCUGGAUAAAAGACCUUUGGAACGUUCCAGUGAAGAUGUAGAUAUAAUAUUCACACGACUGAAAGAAGUAAAAGCUUUUGAGAAAUUUCAUCCAAAUCUUCUCCAGCAGAUAUGUCUCUGUGGAUACUAUGAAAAUUUGGAAAAAGGAAUCACAUUGUUCCGUCAGGGUGAUAUUGGAACAAACUGGUAUGCUGUUCUGACAGGAUCACUGGAUGUGAAGGUUUCUGAUACAAGCAACCAUCAGGAUGCUGUGACAAUAUGCACUCUGGGAGUAGGAACGGCUUUUGGAGAGUCCAUUCUGGAUAACACUCCUCGCCAUGCUACGAUCGUUACCAGAGAAUAUAGCGAGCUCCUUCGAAUUGAGCAGAAGGACUUUAAGGCACUUUGGGAGAAAUAUCGACAGUAUAUGUCUGGACUUCUCACUCCUCCUUAUGGUGUUAUGGAAACUGGCUCCAACAAUGACAGAAUGCCAGAUAAGGACAGUAUGUCAAGCAGUGCUCUUUGCCAAGUUUCUAAAAAUUGUAAUAAGACACCUCCUAUCGAACCUCACAUCCCACCUCGUCCUACUAAAACCAUUACACAGGUUCCUUCAGAAAAGAUCCUCAGAGCUGGAAAGAUUUUGCGGAAUACAAUUCUAUCCCGAGCUCCUCACAUGAUAAGAGAUCGUAAAUACCAUCUGAAGACUUACAGGCAAUGCUGUGUGGGGACAGAGUUAGUUGACUGGAUGAUGCAGCAAAGUCCUUGUGUCCAUUCACGAAGCCAGGCUGUUGGCAUGUGGCAAGUAUUGCUGGAGGAAGGUGUUCUUAACCAUGUGGAUCAGGAACACUACUUUCAAGACAAAUACUUAUUUUAUCGAUUUUUGGACGAUGAGCAUGAAGACGCCCCUUUGCCAACUGAGGAAGAGAAAAAGGAGUGUGAUGAGGAGCUACAGGACACUAUGCUGUUUCUGUCUCAGAUUGGGCCAGAUGCUCAUAUGAGGAUGAUUCUCAGAAAACCGCCUGGCCAGAGAUCUGUAGAUGACUUAGAAAUUAUAUAUGAAGAACUUCUUCACAUUAAGGCCUUAUCUCAUCUUUCUACCACAGUAAAGCGAGAAUUAGCAGGUGUCCUGAUUUUUGAAUCACAUCCCAAAGCAGGAACGGUCUUAUUUAAUCAGGGAGAAGAAGGUACUUCUUGGUACAUUAUCCUAAAGGGAUCAGUAAAUGUAGUCAUUUAUGGCAAGGGCGUGGUAUGUACUCUGCACGAAGGAGAUGAUUUCGGCAAGUUAGCGCUUGUAAAUGACGCGCCCAGAGCAGCAUCCAUUGUUCUGCGUGAAGACAACUGCCACUUCUUGAGAGUAGACAAGGAGGACUUCAACAGGAUCCUUAGGGAUGUGGAAGCAAAUACGGUAAGACUCAAAGAACAUGACCAAGAUGUCUUGGUGUUGGAGAAGAUCCCAGCAGGAAACAGAAUUUCUAAUCAAGGAAAUUCACAGCCUCAGCACAAGUAUAUUGUGAUGUCAGGAACCCCAGAGAAAAUUUUAGAGCACUUUCUAGAAACCAUGCGCCUUGAAGCAACAUUAAAUGAAGCAACAGAUUCUGUUUUAAAUGAUUUUAUUAUGAUGCACUGUGUUUUUAUGCCAAAUAGUCAGCUCUGCCCAGCCUUGAUGGCACACUAUCAUGCCCAGCCUUCCCAGGGUACAGAGCAGGAGAAAAUGGAUUAUGCCCUCAACAAUAAGAGGCGAGUCAUUCGACUGGUUCUGCAGUGGGCUGCUUUAUAUGGAGAUUUACUACAAGAAGAUGAAGCAGCAAUGGCCUUUUUGGAGGAAUUUUAUGUAUCUGUAUCAGAUGAUACUAGAAUGAUUGCAGCACUGAAGGAGCAACUUCCAGAGCUAGAGAAAAUUGUAAAGCAAGUUUCUGAAGAACCCAAAGCACCACAAAAGAAGCACAAAGUUCUUCUGCAGCUGUUCAACACAAGCGAUGACAGAGCACAGAAACGCCAGCCUAUCAGGGGCAGCGAUGAAGUUCUGUUUAAGGUGUACUGCAUAGACCAAACCUAUACCACGAUCCGGGUGCCAGUGUCUUCCUCUGUGAAGGAAGUGAUCAGCGCAGUAGCAGAUAAGCUGGGUUCUGGAGAAGGCCUCAUCAUAGUAAAGAUGAGCUCAGGAGGAGAAAAAGUUGUGCUGAAACCUCAUGAUGUUUCAGUGUUUACAACUCUCAGUGUGAAUGGACGGCUGUUCGCUUGCCCGCGUGACCAGUUUGAUUCAUUGGCACCAUUACCAGAACAAGAAGGACCAUCUGCUGGUACAGUGGGAACAUUUGAACUGAUGAGCUCCAAAGACUUAGCACAUCAGAUGACAAUUUAUGACUGGGAGCUCUUCAACUGUGUGCAUGAGCUGGAAUUGAUCUAUCACACUUUUGGAAGGCACAAUUUUAAAAAGACCACAGCAAAUCUGGACUUGUUUCUGAGAAGAUUUAAUGAAAUACAGUUCUGGGUGGUCACUGAGAUUUGUCUUUGCUCUCAACUCAGCAAGCGUGUUCAGCUGUUAAAGAAGUAUAUUAAGAUUGCAGCCCACUGUAAAGAAUACAAAAAUCUGAAUUCCUUUUUUGCUAUUAUUAUGGGGCUGAGUAAUGUUGCUGUGAGCCGUCUCUCGUUAACGUGGGAGAAACUUCCAAGCAAGUUCAAGAAGAUCUAUGCAGAGUUUGAGAGCUUAAUGGAUCCAUCAAGAAACCAUAGGGCCUACAGACUAACUGUAGCUAAGUUGGACCCUCCAAUAAUUCCUUUCAUGCCACUACUUAUAAAAGACAUGACGUUUACUCAUGAGGGAAACAAGACAUUCACUGACAAUCUAGUAAACUUCGAAAAAAUGCGCAUGAUUGCCAACACUGUCAGGACGGUGAAAUUCUGCCGAAGCCAGUCUUUCAAUCCCGACGCAGCCCUAACUAAUAAGAACCAUCAGGAUGUUCGGAGCUAUGUGCGGCAAUUAAAUGUGAUUGACAACCAGAGAACUUUAUCACAGAUGUCUCACCGACUAGAACCGCGUCGAGCAUAAACAUUUGAAGCAAUGAUGAGAAAUGGUCUUUUAUCCUGUCAAGGUCACUUGUUAAGAACUUCACUUUAUCUGCUACCGCACUGCCACUACAAAAAUAAGCAAAAACCUAUUCUAAGGUCUUGGGCAACGCACAAUGUACCAGCCUGUCAGAGAUCUCUGGCUGAGGAAGAAUUUUUGCACUGUAGCUGUAUGGGUAGCCAUGUUGUGAACUGUUAAUUCAUCUUUAAGUGUAGUGAAUGAUUUCUCAUAUGGAUAAAAAAAGGCAAAAGAUAAAAUAGAAUAGUUAGGGAAAAAAUGCACAGAAAGCUUCUAACAAUUCUAAGGGAGGUGGUGUUUUUCUCCCGAAUUAAAAAUCUGCAUUUUGUGAUUUAUUCUCCAGGUCAGGACUAAAACUGAUCAUCCGUUUAGCUUGCCCAGCCACUGUUGACCUCAGUAGAAGAUGUACGUUAGCAUCUGGUGAAAGAAUGUGGGUUCAAGAGCGGUCCAAGGUAUAGUUCCAUUCAGAGAAGACUUACAAAUAUUUCCAUUUGAAAAACAACAGAUACAAAAAAAUUUCUAAUCCUAAUUGCACUGCCUACUACUGCAAGCAGUGUGGCUAUUUCAGAAAGCUGACAGGACUGAAAAUAUUUUGAAUGAUAAAUAUUUAAUCUGUGUUUACAUUUUACUUCUUUUUUUAAACUACCAAUCAGGUUUUUACAAAAUUCCAUUACACUAGUAAGGUUGUUGACAUCAACAGCAUAAAGGUAGCAAAGGACUGGUUCAUUAAGAGCACAAUAUGCACAAAACAGAUUUCAAGAGAAUAAUUUCCUGGACAUUAAAACCUUUAACUUCAGCUAUAAUUAAUUGUGGCUGGUUAACACAUACUUUCUGCUCUUAAACAUUUACAAAUAUCUUUUCAGCCAAUUGUUUUGCACUUUCAAUAGACUGUAAAUAAAUGUUAAUUCAUUAUGUUCUAGAAUAUUUAUUUAUGGAAUAGCUAUUGUGCCAAAAUAAUUCUGGUUUAUUUAUUUUGUUUAGCAUGUUAUGGGAGUGCAGCUUUUGUCUUUAUACUUUGUGCGCAUUUUAUGUGUAGGAAUUGUGUAAUGUAUGUUUUCUGUAAAUAACACACAGUACCUUAUUAAAUGUAAUUGCUGGAAA